AUGGCCUACUCAAUGAGCCUCAAACUCACCGCCUCCCAGCUUGAAGAGCGCCGUCAUGAGCUCGACCGUGCGGGCUUUCAUGCCUGGCUCUCUUCCAUCAUCCUCUUGGUGGUCGUCUAUCUGUACCGACGCCUCUUCCGUUCUCUGUUCUUGCCAUCAAAAUCGCCGUUGUCACCAUCAGGCUCCCAACCAGUAUCGCAACUCCAACUGUUCCUCAGACGAGCGGCAUGGGUCUUACAGGCAAUGUAUAUACCCGAAUUCGGUCUCCUGUCUGUCCAGCUUGUCGCCUUGGUAUACACGGCGUGGCUCCUUUCCCUCACAUUCCGCAACACGGGAAAUGAUUACAUGCACCUUACCAAGGCAUUCGGGCACGUGGCCAUUUCUCAGCUUCCCAUGCAUUACCUCCUCUCCCUCAAACAGACCACUUACUCGCCUCUCGAGUGGGCUACGGGCCUGACGCACGAACGCCUCAACGCGGCCCAUCGCAUCUUUGGUCGCUUGGUGCAUGCUUUUCUGGCCACCCAUGCCAUACUGUACGUCCGAUUCUUUGUCAAAAUGGGAUUUUUGCCGAAACGGAUCAAGGAUCCCGAUGUCAGGCUCGGGAUCCUGGCGUUUUGGAUGUUCAAUUUCUUGGGUUUGCUGAGUCUGCCCAUUGUAAGGCGGAAAAUGUACCACGUUAUAUUCUACAGGAGUCAUGUCCUGUUGAGCGCCCUUGUCAUUCCGGUUCUGUGGGCACAUGUGCCGUAUACGCGGUUCUACGUGGCGCAAGUUGCCGCGAUUUGGAUUCUCGGAGGCUUGUUGAGGAGGAGUGGGUUAACCAACGUGCAAGACAUGCAAUGCGAGAAUUUACCCGGCACGCAGCUGGUGAGAGUGAGGUUCCAUGUGGACAAGAAGAGUUCGUUGGCGAGUGCUGCGCCGGGACAGCACGUCUAUAUUCGCCGACGCACAGGGGGCGCAAUGAUGGGUUCGAAGACGCCGUUUUCAAUUGCAAACGUGCAGCCCUCUGCAGGCCAGGAUGGGAAGGCGCAGAUGGUGGAAGUGAUGUUGGUGCUCCGGAACAUGGGCGGUCCGGGAACUUCGUUUCUGGUUGCCGCUGCGGCUUCUAAGAAGCCCAGGCUCAAGGACGCAGCAGGGGAUGAGAUCCAGAUCGAAGGGCCCUAUGGCGAAGCCGGCGUGUAUAUGCCUUCGAUCCUCGGCUCGGAUGCCACCAACCCUAUCCUUCUUGUCGCCGGCGGGGUUGGAGCGACGUAUGUCUUGCCCAUAUACUUGGCACUACUGGCCUCACGGCACCGACGCCGAGGAGGGGGAGGGCAGCUCAUCAAGCUGGUGUGGCUGGUCAAGACCCUCGCCGAUGCGCAGUGGGGUCUUGAGUUCCUCGCGAGCUGUAGGCGAGAAGGGCUGGAGCUGGAUGUCGACAUAUACAUCACUCUCUCCUCGUCCACAGACGGACUUGACAUCUCGACAACCUCCUCCUCUUCGCCAUCGCCCUUGAAGAACAAAGGCCUCAACAUCCACCAGCUCGGCCACCGUCCUAAUCUGGCCCCUAUCAUUGACGAGGUCUUCUUCGCCUCUUCCCCUCCUUCUUCUUCGUCUUCUUCUCCCAGCGUGCGAGCGCCGCUCAAUCCAGAUCCCGAAGAAGUCACUGUCUUUGUGUGCGGGCCGCGCGGCCUCUCCAGCGCCGUGCGGAGGAUUGUUGGACGUUGGGUCAUCAGCGAGGGCAGGAGGGUGAGCUGGUUUGAGGAGUUGUUCGGGUUUGGUGGGAGGUGA